UUGGCGGAAAGACCUUGAAAAUAAGCCAAUGGAGUUGAAGAAUUCUUUGGGAACUCAAUUGGAUCAUGCCGCAACUCUAUUCAUUGAAAAUGGAACUAUCCAUGGCUUGAACGUGUACAAGUUCAUCAAGAAUAGAAAAUUGCGAAACGUAACAUUCUAUUUGGCUGCCUUAAUUUUACUUUUUCUACCACUAGUACUGGCUUUUGCCACCUCCAAGUUCUUUAGUGAUACAACCAUUAAAAGCUCUGUCGAAUGGAAGGCAGAGGAUUACCUGGAUUUCCCAAACGUGACUAUUUGUCACCCCAACUACUUCAGCAAACGGAAGAUGUCCGAUUUGAAUGUUUCGGCUCCGCUGGCUAACUAUAUAUUGUAUGGUAUCAACACAGACCUUCGUGACCAUAUCCAAACGAUGCUCAAGAUUGAAAGCUACCAAGAGUUGCUGAAGAAGCUAGAUUUAGAGCUUCAACAGAAACUGCUCGAAACUGGUCUGAACUUCCCCGAGCUUGUUCAAGCCAUGGCAUUAGAUCUUAAGGAUUUCUUGAUUUACUGUGAAUUCCCAAACCAAAACGCCCAUCGAGACAGUUGUUCCGACUUUUUUGACUCUGACCCAAUUUUCACUCCUCGGGGCGGGAUCUGCUGGACCUCCAGUUGGAACUUUCAAACUAGAUCGGUGGUUCGUCCGGAAUCAAUCAGGAUCUGGACAAAUAUCAAAAGGGAGAAAUCGCUCGAUUUGGAUUUUCACAUGCAUGGAGCCAAUGCCUUGGAGAGAUUGUCGCCUAUUCUAGCUCUGACUUUGAAUGACUUCCCAAUCGGGCAGGUCAGUCGGGCUCCCAUCAAUCUACCUUUAAAAGGGUUUUUGAGGCUGAAGUUGACGAAAGCUACGAUUGAUCGAACUGGACUCAGGGGGCAAACUUUGUCCCUACACAAAGAUAUGUGUGUUGAGAGUGAUGAACUAUUUGAAGCUCGAUUCAAGGUCCCUUACACUGAAGCCAAUUGUGGAAGUACUUUGUUAGCAUCGUUCUUGGAUGACUGCAGUAUGAGUACAUUAACUGGAUUACCAAAAGACCAAGACAAGAGAGCUUGUGAACCAUGGGACUUUAUUCUCUUAGCUAAUAAAUCUUUCGAGCCCCAGCGUGAACUGAUAAAGACCGAAAAACUGACAGCAACGCCAAUUAUAGUGCAACACAUUAAUGGUCAAAUGUGUCCCAAAGAUUGCUUUUUCCAAACAUACAACACGGUCCCAUCGAUAAGCGAAGGCAACGUCAAGCUCAUGACGGAUUACUUUAACAAAGUGGCAAGCCCAAAGGAUAUCAGCAGCCCCGAAGAUAUUAGCGGCUUGGAACUGUUUUUUUCGACCUUGGAAUCUUCAACUACCACUCUGUAUCGAGACAGCCUGGCAGUCUUCUUAUCUCAAGUUGGCGGGUGGUUGGGGCUCUGCAUCGGAGCUUCGGUAUUGUCGGUGGUCGAAUUAACCGUAUUCUUCGGUCAUUUAUUGAGAGUGUUUUGCAAAAACAUCACUAACUGCUUUUAAAAUUCUCGAUCAAACGAAGCACAUAUUCUCAUUUAGAUUUGCACUAUGUCUUCAAUGAAGGUUAAAACAAUUUAGAAUGCAUCAUUGAAAUUAAACGUGGUUAAUGGGGGCAAAAUCUUGCAUACAAAUUUGUGUGUCUCGUUUUCAUGCAACAAAACAUUUUGUUGAGGUUUUAGCGAAAAGGGCCUUUUCAGCUCUCUAAAAAAACUGAGUUUUGCACCAAUGGCAUGAGAUUUGA